AGGAAUCCCUAACAGAUAAAGAUUAAAAGCAAAACAAAACAUAUAACUGCAAAGAGACAUUUCUUUUCUGGUCAAGAGAUUGUGGAGGUGGUGAAAGGAAAUUAGGUAAGGAUUCUGUCAGUGAAUAUAUAUAGAUAUACUCAGGGGGAGCCUCUGGAAGAGACUUUGUGGUUUGUGGUUCCAGACAAUCACAGGUUGGAUGGAAAUGUGUUUGCUGGCCUGGGCAAUUUAACUGCAAUGAAUAUUACUACUGCUAAUAGUAAUAACUAUCAUUUGCUGAUAUCUUAUUAAGUUCCAGGUAUGGUACUUAUCAUUUUACAGUCAAUAUCUAUUUUGAAUCCCCAUAGGGACAUAUCAAGUGGGCAUUAUUCCCAAUUUUAUAGACAAGGACACAGGCUCAGAGUGUUCACUAAUCUCCCAAUAUUAUGGACUAAGGGUAUAAAAAGGGAAAGAUUUGAAACUAGAUCUAUUUGGCUCCCAAAAGUUCUCUGCUGCUGUAUUAAUAGUACCCCCAACUCAGUUCUAAAUUAUCAAGACAUCAUGGCUGGAGAUAGGAGUCAUACGUGAUUUACCCCCAAAUUUCCUAAGUCUGUUGCUGACUAUUACAGUCAAAAUUAAAAAGGAAAGUGUGUGACUUAUGAAAGACAUCAUAUCAAGACAGUCUCUUCUAUAGUGAAACAAACAAACACUGAUGUUAUAAAAUCAAAUAAUCUGGUCCACUGGCAAACACUUCCACAUAUUUGAGUGAAUAUGUUUGAAUUUCAGUUUCCUUAUGUAAAGAGUGUGUAAAAUAUCUCUCUUCUCAUUGUCAUAGAAAAUAGCUUUCCCUUUCAUAAACUGCUUAGUGAAAUAUCCUGAAACACCAUCAGAAGCACCCCUUUCCUCACCUGCAACAGACAUAAGGAAGAAUUUGCGUCAGCCAACUUCCCAGUAUGAAGCAAAGCCUCCCCUUCCUCCUACCAAUGACUGAGUCAUUCUUUUAGAUAACAGUAACAAUUUAAAUACUCCAGCAGAAGCUCACACAUCUCUAGUUUGCUGAAGUCCUUGAAUGCUUCACUCUCCUUGGUAUGAAUUUGGAAAUGAUGUGUGAUGAUUUCAAGAUGAAGACCAUGAAGGACCAGCCUGAUCAAAAGCUGAAUGGAGAGAAAUCUAAAGAAAAAGGAGCAAAACACAAGGAGGGGAGGACAGACACUUAUUAUCAGGAGUUUGCAUAAAGGAGUUCCGGAUUAUGUUCCCAUAAACAAGACAGAAAUUUCUCUCCCUGGGGAAAGUAAAUGUUGUCAUCUUCUUUCUCGAUUCUGGCGCCCUGCUGCUGUGAUUCUAGGGAUCAUUUGCCUGGCGUUACUGACCACCACUGUAUUGCUGGGAGUGCAAUUAUCCCAGGUAUCUGCUCUCCUGAAGCAACAGCAAGGCAACCUUACUCGCCAGGAGCAUGUGCCGGAGGGACAGAUGUCAGCCCAGCGGCAGGUGGAAGGAGCUUCCCAGGAGUCCCUGAAGGAGCUCAACGAAAUGAUAGAAUUCCUUGCCCAGAAGCUGGAGGAGAGCUCCAGGAAGCAAAUGGAGCUUCAUCACCAGAACCUGAAUCUCCAGGAAGCUCUGAAGAAAGCAGCAAACUUUUCAGGUCCUUGUCCCCAAGACUGGAUCUGGCAUGAAGAAAACUGUUACCAGUUUUCCUCUAGUCCAUCUAGCUGGGAAAAGAGCCAAGAGAGCUGCAGAUCUUUGGAUGCCCAGUUGCUGAAAAUCAACAGCUCAGCUGAUCUGGAAUUCAUCCAGCAAGCCAGUGCCCAUUCCAGUUUCCCGUUCUGGAUGGGAUUGUCUCUGAGGAAACUCAGCAACUCAUGGCUCUGGGAGGAUGGUUCUCCUUGGAUGUCCAGCUUGUUUAAACUUCGGGGAGCUGUUUCCCAGAUGUACCCUUCAGGCACCUGUGCAUAUAUACAAAGGGGAGUUGCUUAUGCUGAGAGCUGCAAUUUAUCUGCAUUCUGUAUAUGUCAGAAGAAAGCGAAUCUUUUGAGAGCAUAGUGAAUCUGAAGGAUCUGGAGGAAGAGGACGAGAAGGUCUUAAAUUCCAUCUGGAAUUGAAGUGAUUCCUCAACAGUCAAGUGCAAACCACAUGAGUCCUGGAAACUAGAGCCUGUUAUUAUCUGGCUGCAGAACUCUUUAGCAGAGUCUGGGGCUCCAGCUGCCUGACACCUGUGUAUCACCUAGUGUUUUUUAACCUAGUGUUUCCCAAGGCUCCCUGCCAGGCUUCAAUUCCUCUUCCCUUUUCUAUUUUCAAAUUUUGCUUCUCUCCAAGUCUUGGGAACAUUUGCACUCAGUCUUCUCUACCUCAGACUGCCUUCCCCUCACCCUCCUAAAAUUUCAUAGAAGAUAGAAGAUGGACAACUUGCCCAACUUUCGGCAGAGUGCGAAAUAAAGGGGAAAUAUGCACGGGAAAUAGUGCACAUGAAGAAAUAGAAAAGGGGAAAGGUCACAUUGAAAUCAAGAAAUUCGUGUUCUCAAAUUAAUAGUCACCUCUUGUUGGUCUUUCUAAUUGUGGUUCAUUGCCAAGCUUCAACACACACACACUCACACACACAUGCCUACACACACACACUGCAUAUUUGGGUGGCAAUUGGGGAGUUCUAGAAAGUAAUUGGAUGGUCUUCUUUGUGAACUAGUCCACAACCCAUUAUAGGUUCCUGAAUCAGUUAUUUCUUCAUUUUUUUUGUCUACCAAAGAACAGCUUGACACCACGUGUGUGUGUGUUUGUGUGUAGUGAUAUAGCACUGUAGUUUCAAUUUGCAUUUACCAAAUGACAAAUGCUCUUGAGCAUAUUUUCAUGUUUUUAUUUACCAUUUGUAUAUUUUCUUUGAUAAAGUAUAUGUCCAAAUCCUUUGGGCAUUUUAAAAUUGGGUUAUUUGUUUUCUUAUUGUUGAGUCUGGGGAGUUCCUUAAAUAUUCUGGAUAAAAAUCCUGUAUCAGAUAAAUGUUUUGAGAAAAAAAAAUUAUCUCAAUCUGUGACUUCUUUUUCCAUUCCCUGAAUGGUAUCCUCAGAAAAGGAGAAGUUUUACAUUUUGAUUAAGAGAUUAAGUGCAUUUUUGUGUUGUUAUUGUUGUUUCUAAGAAGUCUUUGUCAAACUCAAGGUUGUGAAAAUUUUCUUCUAUGUUCUCUUUUCAAGUAUUACUUUGAGGCCUAUAACUAUUUUGGGUUACGCUUUGUGUAUGAUCUUUGGUGAGGAUUGAAAUUAUUGUUGCUGUUGUUUUGCAUAUUGGUAUCCAGUUGUCUUAGUGCCAUUUGUUUAAAAGGCUAUUAUUCUUUCUUGCAUUGUCUUUGCAACUUUGUCAGCAGUUUCCCAUACAUGUGUGGGUUUAUUUCUGGACUCUGUUCUGUUCCAUUGAUCUAUUUGACUGUUUUUAUACCACCACCACACUCUUUUGGAUAUUGUAGUUUUUAAAAAAUGUCUUGCAAUCAGUAGUGGUAGCCCUUCAACUUUAUACUUAGUUUGCAAAAUUGUUUUGGCUUUUCUGUGUCUUUGCAUUUAUGUAUUAGCUUUAGAAUCAGCUUUUCAAUUUCUAUAAAAAAAAACCUUUUGUGUCAUUGAUUGUAAUUGUACUGAAUCUAUGGAUCAAUUUGGGAAAAAUUGACUUCUUAAAAAUAUUGAUUUGUUUGACCCAUGUACAAGGUAUAUCUCUCCAUUUAUUUAAUUUAACUUAAUUUUUCUCAGCAAUGCUUUGUAGUUUACAGUGUACAGGUAUUUCACAUCUUUUGUUAUGUUAUUGUAGAGUAUUUCAUAUUUUUGAUGCAAAUGUAAAU